AUGCUACGGGACCAAUUCGUGCGCGGACUCAACGACGUCGCGAUGCAGACUCGCCUGCUGGAAACGGCCGAGUUGGACUUUGAGACCGCGAGGAACACUGUAAUCGCCAUGGAGGCUGCCAAGAAAGAUUCCCGUGCAUUACGUUCUCAGCUGGCUCAAGCGACACCUGUGCAGGCCGGGGAGUCUGCGAAUGUUGUCAAAACUAAGCCCACCAAACAGCAGGCAAGUGGUUCUUGCUUCCGCUGUGGGGGUAAUCAUCUGGCACACAAAUGUCAUCACGUAGGCAGCGUCUGUUUCAAGUGUGAGCAGAGAGGGCGUUUGGCACGGGUAUGCCGAUCCAAUGCAUGUCAAACGGAAAAGGCGGGACCCAGGAGUGAAUCGAGACCUGUCCACAACGUGGAUGACGAGCUGGCAGCGCCGGAAUCCAAAUCAGGAACGCAGGAGGCGUACGACCUUUGGGCGCUUCAAGCGGCCGGUCCAGAGCCAAUGAGAGUCGAAGUUGCCGUCAACGGAGUGACAUUGAACAUGGAGUUGGAUACCGGUGCCAGCGUGUCAACCAUUAGCGAAAGGAAGUUUACGGAGCUGUUUCCUUCGGCGACGCUGGAGCCAUCGGACGUCCAUCUUCGAGUGCUGUGCGGUGACGUUGAAUUAAAUCCCGGCCCUCUUUCUGCCGCGCAAGAAAAUCAGCUAGUUGAAGCAAUGCAACUAAUUCCUAGUAUGCACGAAGGACAAAAGACUGUAAUAAACGAACUGAAAGCCAUCAAAGAUUUGCAAACCACAUUCGAAAGAAAACUGGAGGGCUUAUUUUCUCGUAUAGCCAUAAUUGAGAGCGAUGUGGCUGCAAUUAAACCACUGAGGGGAGAAUUUGAAGAACUUAAAGCGUCAAAUCGGGAACUUGAUACGCAGCUUAGAACAACAGCUUUACGUCAAGAAGAACUGGAAAAUCAAUCUCGGAGAAACAACCUGCUCAUCUACGGUUUGCCCGACGUGGCGGCUGAAACCUGGGAAGCUUCAGAGGCUAAGGCUUUAUCUUUUUUCGCCGAUAAGCUCGAUAUACACCUUGAAGCUACUAGCAUUGAACGAGCGCACAGGAUUGGCCGCUUUGCUGCUGAUAAAAACCGCCCUUUGAUUUCGAAGUUCCUGUCAUUUAAAGACAAGCAAAGGGUUCUUUCCAAGGCCUUCAAACUAAAACGAAGUGGCUUUUCUAUAAGCGACGAUUUUUCCCCUGCAGUACAGUUUGCAAGACGCAGACUUCUAGAUUACGCCAGUGAGCAGAACGCGCAAUUUAAAUUGCGAUACAACAAGUUAACUAUAGGCAACAAAACGUAUAUGUACGAUCCAAAUAAUGACACUGUGUUCGAAAGUGCCCGGUAACCACCAAAGCAUACAAGCGGAAAUGGAGAACUUAGCUUUCAAAAACUAGUCUUCAUAACUGUCAACUGCAGAAGUGUUAAAAACAAAAAAGACGAACUUGCCUUUCUUCUGAAUUCAACACAGGCUGAUGUGGUUAUUGGUACGGAGUCGUGGCUUGAUGGUUCUAUAGACAGUUCUGAAAUAUUUCCAGCUAACUAUGAGGUCUACCGCAAAGAUAGAAAUCUAAGGGGCGGGGGUGUGUUCUUACUUGUGUCUACAGACCUACC